AUGAAGUUCGAAUCUCGAGGAAAUCGUACGGUGAGAAAAAUUCCCUUUGGAAAAGAAGCAAAGGGGGUCAGUUUGGUCAUUGGGUGCCAUGAUUUCUCUUUCACUGUUGCUCCCUCGCUGAAAGCCUGCAAACGCUCAGACCUCUCUCAGAGCACGAGAGCGAGAGAGCGAGAGAGAUGGAGAUGUUGCCAUCCAUGGAGGACUAGUUUGAUCGGAUUGGAGAUGGAGGGUGGGUGGCAAUCCAAGCUCCCAUCUACUUGGCCUCCCUCGCCACCGGGAACUGUGCCGUUGACGCCUCCUCCACCGCCGAUCGUCUCCGGAUCCGCUAGUCAGCCUGCUCUGCAUCCUUUUACUCAGCCACCCAUAAUUCUUGGAGAAACUGAUCGAGCUAUUCUUCAGGAACCAUUUGUCUUCAGCAAUUUGAACUUGAGUUCCAGCUGGUCAGGCCAGGCAGAAGUGAGCAAUCCGAUACUAGCUCUUUUGUCAGGGGAUUCGCGUCAACUCAGUAGCACUCUUCUACAAUUUCCAAAUUCAGCUUCUGUGGCCACUAAGCUUUCUACUCACAGCAGUGAUGUUAUAAUUAGCAGUGCCGGUGGUGUCAUACCAAUUUCAGGUUUGGCAUCUUCAUCUGACAAUCAUGGAAAUGACCCUAUGGGUAACAGAGAACUUCCAUUUGCCACCUCUAAGUCAAAGUUGACGUCCCGAACUCCUAUUUCACCAAACAAUCUUCAGUUAUAUGGUUCUUGCCACCAUACUUCGGAUUCAUCUAAAAUAGUUCAUCAAGCAUUUCAAGGCAACAAUAAUGGGAUGGCACUGUCAUCUACUGGGCAUGAGUGGCGUAAUUUAAGUAUGCCUACAAAUGCCAUGUAUCAUCAGUCCAUGAAUCAUGGGAUAGUUCCAAAGUCCACGUUAAAAGUCAAGUCCGCGAUCUCUAAUCAAGCAUCUGCGUUAUGUGGUGGUCAUCUUCAUGCCUUUUGCUUGAACACAGUGGGACAGCUUUUUUUGAGUGAUACGGGGCUUCUGGGAGUUCUUUGUUUGUGCCAUAGUUUGCCUAUGUCUGUGGCGAAGUUUUGCGAGCAUUCUGGGUCAUCUUCAGUUUAUCCUGGUGAUGCUGUCCAUUUGGAGAAUGGUCUAACUGUUGCUCAGUGGUUUCAUCUUAGUUUUGGAAUUAGGAUUCCAGAUAAUGAUAAUGGAUGGGAUUGGCCGGAUGGUUUUUCACCAAAAAGUGGCCCUGCUGCAUCAAAAGCCAAUAAUUUCCCUUUGUUGCUGAAGAAUCUUGGGACAUCUCCAUCUGAAUCAUUUUGUGGCUUUAAGAGAUAUGGAGAACAAUGGAAUAACUUUGUACAUCCAAGCCACUCUUCUACAGGAGCACCGGAGCAGAUUACCCAUGAUAGAUCUCUGAGUACGAUUGUGAAUAAUGAUUAUCUGGGGAAUGCCUCUGCUAGCACCAGUUUAUACUCAAAGAACUUCUCUGGUUCAGCACAAUGUUCCACAUCUGCUGCAGCUAAAAGUCAAGUGGUGCACGCAGUUAAGGAAGCUCCUGUCUGGAUACAUCGUUCAGCUUCAGUUUUAGCUCUUCAUAAGCGGGAGCAAAGUGCUGGGCAUCAAUUUGUUGUGGACAAUGCCGGCACAGGUAUGUGUGGAACAUCAGUUUCUCACCCGUCUUUAGGCUUAAAGAAAUCUUCCCCAGCCAAAGAGUGUGAGGUAGACAAGGGCAAAUAUUUGAGUGAAACAUUCUGGGAUUAUAGGAAUGGUGUUUCUUCAAACAUUGAGUUGAGGCUUGGGCAGCCAUCUCAACAUAACCAAACUUUUGUUGGGCCAAUUUCAUCGUCUGUGCAUCCUAGCCAAACUGAGGUACCGAGCAAUUCUCACAAGGCCUGCUUACCUCAACCAUUAAUGUGCUCAAGUAAGCUAGCUGCUGAAUGUGCCCCUGAAAUAAAUAAAAUCAGGCCAUUAUGGAGCUAUUCAUCAGAAAGAUCAGCUCCAAAUUGCAGAUUGUUGCAAAAUGCAAUUGGAAAAGAAGUGACUACUGAUAAUUCAGAGACUGAUCUCAUGGAUAAUUCAGCUAAAAAUUCGGCUAUAUCUUUGUUUCUUUCCCACCUUAAUUAUACUGAAGGGAAUAACACGUCUAAUAUUGUUGAUGAAUGUGAAAACUAUAUGAGUUCAACACUUGAUGAUUAUUCCCUCACAGCUAGAAGCAACCUCACAGAGUUUAUCAAAAAUGAUAAUGAUGUAACUGAAGGGAAAUCUUGUAUAAAUGCAGCAUACCCUAUCAAUCGUUGUGAAAAAAGGAAGGACCAGAGUGUUGAUGUCCAUGGUUGGAAUAAUAUAUUGGGACACAACUCUGUGGUUGAUGAUAAGCUGGAAAUUGACAAUGGUGGUAUCAGUGAGCUUGGUAAUCAUAGGUGUUAUUGCAUAGGUGAUUCAUUAUCUUAUUUGUAUCCUCAUCAGCAACCUGGUGUACUGAAUGUUGCUUCUAAUGCGGGGAGCGCCAAGCAUUGUGGGAAAUUUCCAUUGGGUGAAGUCACGGGCCAUCAUAAGCACCUUAAUUAUAAAUCCACAAAUGCAGUUCAUGUAGCCACUCAUUCUGGUCCUCUUGACUUGCAAAUACCAAGCAAUAUCCCUGGAACAAACUCAUGUUUUUCUGGGACGCAAUCCUCUCUGACAAGCAAGCAGCGUGCUGAUAAUGCCCAUCAUUCUGUGGAUGAAAACUUAAUCCUCCUGGCUUUGAGGCAUGAGGCUGAUUUUUCUAAGUUGGAGUUAUCUAAUAAUUCCACUGAAACUAGCAAUCUGCAUGCAAGAUCCUGCUGUCUUUCAGCCAUGGCAUUACUUAGAAAUGGAAAUAAAGAUGCUACAGCCACAUCUGAUGAAUUAAGGCAAAUGCCUUGUUGUAGCAUGCAACAGGGUGCAUUCAACCAUUUUAGAGCUGUUCAUUCAUGCUCUAAUAGUUAUUGUGGUGCUGGUUAUAACAUCAUAACUGGGAAGCCUGGUGUUGCAGGUCCAAACACAUGUAGUUGCUCGGGUCUGCAACCAAGAAUUUCACUCUGCUGUAAAGAGCAUGACAUCCUGUGUCCUAUGUGUCAUCCAUGUGGUUCUGGUGGGCAAGCUCUGUUGAGAAAUGGGAGAAGCUCAAACAAUGUUGCAACUGAGCAUGCUAAGUGUGAAAUGUGUGUGAAGGAACGUAUUUACUGCUCCUCAGGGCAAUGCUGCCAAUCAUUUCCCUCAAAUUGCUUGACGGGACCUUGUUUUUCAAGGGAUGAGCCUUUCUACGGCAGUAAGGAACAAUGUGCUUGUGAGAAGCCAAAAAUAAAUGCUUCCAUAACCCAUGAUGCUGAAGAUGAAAAAAGAUUAAAAACAAAUCAAAUAGAUUGCUUUAGAAAACAUGCCAUCGUGCAGAGUGACUGCCAAAUUGCUUUCUGGAGAGAUGUCCCUAAUAGAGUAUUAGAGCAUUCGAAAGAUACUGGCAAGGAGAAGUCUCUGUGUGUUAUGGAGUCUGAUGGAUUCAUCACUAAUAAGCACACAGUGACAGCUGUGAAAGAGUUUGAUUGCACCUAUCAAGAAUCUAAGUCUUUGAAAGAGAGACAAGUUAUUAAUGUUUCCUCUGGGCCUUCUGACUAUUCUGCUCCUGCAGCCACUGAAAUUUCCGUUAAAACUAAUGACAGUGAUUCUUUUAGUGAAGAUGAUGGAACUGCAGAGUUUGUUCAUGAUUUUACUGCUGAUGAAGAAUCCCGAAUUGAGAAGUGUGGCUCAUCUGAUUAUCCACCGGACUGUAGAUUUCUAGAAGUUGAGGAGCAUGUAUCAUUGAGUUCAUCCAAGUCAAAAGAUGUAGGAAAUAAGAGUGGUGCUUUUAGAGAAAAUUUAGAGUUGCAGCAACCAAAGAGGAAUUUCAAAGUCAAAAAGAGAAAAGGUCCAAUAAAAUGGAGGAGUCUUAAUGAUUAUCUUCCUGUGCCAGCUCUUGCUAACACCCAUUCUGAUUUACCAGACGCUAUUGGAAAUUCAAAAGUUUGUCUUUCUUCAUUGAAAGAAACAGAAGCUCCUAUUGAACCUAGUAGUGAGAUGCAAAAGUUAAGCAAUUUAUCUUGCAAGUCUCCCAGUAUAAAGCGGAAGCGCUCCACAUUGUCCUCUAUAAAAUCAUUAUACUGGAAGAGAUUUAAAAGUUAUCAGUUAAUACUAGAAGAUGAUAAAGCACAAUCCAGUAGUCAUAACUGCAAUCAUGAUGGAAUAAGAUUUGAUGAUGAUCUGCUUGUGAACCAUAUGCAAGAACCUGCAGAAAGGGAACAUUAUCAGGUAGAUGCUGAAGUCCCACAUUCAGACAUGUCAUUAUGUGGAAAGAGCUCUCCUGACCAUGAAACAGUUAAAUUUAGUAAGAAGCCGAGGCCCAUUGUCUGUGGGAAUUUGGGUGUCAUAUCUGAUGGACUGAAUAAUCAACAGAAACCUGCAAAAAUCCUUUCCCUUAAGUUGGUCAUGAAAAAUUCCAAGAGAUGUGAAAGGUUUGGAUGUGAAGGAAAAGAUCAACUAUCCUCCAGUUUGCAGAGAAAAUCAUGCCCAAUCACAUGUGACAGUAGCUGCAAUGAUUUGCUUCUCGAGGAGGAAACAUCUAAUGGCAGUCAUUCUAGUAUUGUAAAUAAUUCAAUUGUUCCAAAAAUUACAGAAGUUUUGGACCCUGUCUCCAUGGUUUCGUAUUCAAAUAAAGUCUGCUUGAAUAAGAAUGGCGGAUGUGUAGAUCAUAUAUCCAUGACAAAAAAGGCGAACAAUUACGCAAAUUCAAAAUCCGGUACAUGUAAGGAAGGUUCUCUGCACAUAUACAUGGAAACUCGUAAACGCAGUCUGAGUAAAUUAAUGGGAGAAGAUAACAAAAUGAUCAUAUCUACCUGUUCACCAAGCCUUGGGGAAAAGGAGUGCUAUAAUGUAAUUGAAGCAGGAGAUGGUGAAUUUGAUGAAGAAUCAUGUUCAAAGAAGAUUGUAAGUGGUGCAUCAGCAGCAGAAAUCAAUUAUGUCAGUGAUUCUCAGAAAUUGCAACAUGGUGUUUCUGAAACUCUUAUCGGAACAAGAAGAUCCAGAAAAGGACGGGCAAGCCGCUCCCUUCUUGCAGAUUCAGAUGCAUUUUGUUGUGUAUGUGGUAGCUCAAAUAAUGAAGAAAUUGAUCGCUUGCUAGAGUGCAGCCAAUGCUUGAUUAGAGUGCAUCAGGCAUGCUAUGGUGUUUCAAAGGUUCCUAAAGGCCAUUGGUAUUGCAGACCAUGCAAAGUCAAGUCAAAAAACAUAGUUUGCGUGCUUUGUGGCUAUGGUGGUGGAGCCAUGACACGGGCAUUGAAAAGUCGAAACAUUGUUAGAAGUCUAUUGAAGGUCUGGAAAGUUGGUUUGGAAUUCAAACCUAUGGAGUCUUUUCAAAAUGAGACCCGGGAACCUAGUUUGUAUGAUGAAGCAUCCAGAUCUAGUCCUGGUUGUGGCUCCCCACGCUAUCCUGGAACUUAUUAUGGAGAUGUUCCAAAAGUUGAUUUGCAAGACCAGGAUAUGAAGCUGAAUUUUGAUAAUCAUCAGAAUAAUCUGCAAGCUGAUAAUACAAUUAUUAAUGGAGUAUAUGACCCAUGUCUUACCCAGUGGGUUCAUAUGGUUUGUGGCCUCUGGACACCUGGUACAAGAUGUCCAAAUGUUGACACAAUGAAUGCUUUUGAUGUCUCUGGUGCUUCACCUGCUAGGAAUGGCAUUGUUUGCUCGAUUUGUAAUCGUCCUGGAGGUGCAUGUAUCCGUUGCAGGGUUGUCAAUUGCUCUAUCCACUUUCAUCCAUGGUGUGCACACCAGAAGGGUUUGUUGCAAAGUGAGACUGAAGGUGUUGAUAAUGAAAAUGUAGGAUUUUAUGGAAGAUGUUUACUUCACGCAACAUACCAAAGUUGUCUGGCCGACAGUAAUUCUGUGGAUACUCAAGUUGAAAGCCCUAGAAAUAAAGAAUUUAGUUGUGCUCGCAUAGAGGGUUUCAGAGGCAGAAAAAGAGAGGAAGGCUUUAAUCUCAAUUUUCGAAAGCAUUACAAGGAUGGGAUGGGCCGCAUUGUUACCCAAGCCCAGAUAAAUGCAUGGAUUUUCAUAAACGGACAGAAAUCAUUCUUGAGAGGGCCACAGAAAGUGCCAUGUUCGGAUGUUGAGCAUGACUUCCGGAAAGAAUAUAUCCGCUACAAGCAGAUGAAAGGUUGGAAAAGAUUGGUGGUUUACAAAUCUGGAAUUCAUGCGCUUGGCCUUUAUACGGCUCAGUUCAUUGUUCGUGGAGCUAUGGUUGUUGAGUAUGUGGGUGAGAUUGUGGGGCUACGGGUGGCUGACAAACGAGAAAUUGAAUACCAAUCUGGAAGAAAGCUACAAUAUAAGAGUGCCUGCUACUUCUUUAGGAUCGAUAAGGAGCAUAUUAUUGAUGCUACCCGUAAAGGUGGAAUUGCACGUUUUGUCAACCAUUCCUGUCUGCCAAAUUGCGUGGCCAAGAUCAUUUCAGUCCGGAAUGAGAAGAAGGUCGUUUUCUUUGCUGAAAGGGACAUAAAUCCAGGAGAAGAAAUCACUUAUGACUAUCACUUCAACCAUGAAGAUGAAGGUAAGAAACUGCCAUGCUUUUUGCAAUUCAAAAAAUUGUCGCCGGUCUCUUAAUUAGUGAAAAUGUGGGUAUGAAAUUUGCCUCUUCUCUGAUGCUAUGCACAUUGGCUAUAUUUUUUUCUUUUCGUAUUAAUUUCGCCAUGUUGAUAUUGAUAUCACCCUGGACAUGCAUUCCGAUUAUUUUAAGAGAUCCUUCGCUUUAGCAUGAGCAAAUUUCUUCAA